CACUGGUUGCUAAGGACGUGACCUCAUCUCUACGCGACCUGUACAGCAGCGGUUCUUCACGAGUGGGGGAACUUAUUUUUAUACUACAAUAAGGACUGAAAUUAGUUCUCAUGGCAACAGAGGGUGCAGAAAAGACGAGCGAGGAUGCUCCAGUACCUGGAAAAGUCAGCACUAGGUUUGAUCUGGAGAAGGAGACUGAACUACGGUUUGAGGUGGAGGCAGGAGAGGCUGCAGAACAAGUUGAGCUGGAGCUCCUCACAGGAAUGGCUGAGGUCUUUGGCUCAGAGCUGAACCGCAACAAGAAGUACAUAUUUGGACCAGGCUCCAAGAUUGCAGUUUUCACCUGGCAAGGCUGCAGUGUGAAUCUUUAUGGGAAGCCAGAGGUGUCUUACGUGUCCAAGGAUACUCCCAUGCUGCUCUACUUGAACACACACGCUGCCCUGGAACAGAUGAGAAAACAGGCAGAGCGGGACAAUGAGAGGGGGCCGAGGGUGAUGGUGGUGGGACCUACUGAUGUGGGGAAGUCGACCGUGUGCCGGCUGCUUCUGAGCUAUGCUGUGAGAGUGGGCAGGAGGCCCACACUGGUGGAACUGGAUGUCGGGCAGAGUGGGGUGUCUGUACCUGGGACAGUGUCGGCACUGUGCAUUGAGCGUCCAGCAGAUGUGGAGGAGGGUUUCUCAGUCCAGGCUCCUCUGGUCUACCACUUUGGCUCAACUACACCAGGGACCAACAUCAAACUGUACAAUAAGCUGACAUCAUGCCUGGCCGAGGUGUUUUCCCAGCGCUGUGAGGUGAACAGGAAGGCCAGCGUGGGCGGCUGUAUCAUCAAUACCUGUGGCUGGGUGAAGGGCUCUGGAUACCAGGCUCUGGUCCACUGUGCAUCUGCCUUUGAGGUGGAUGUGGUGCUGGUGCUGGACCAUGAGAGGCUCUACAAUGAAUUAAAAAGGGACCUCCCGCACUUUGUCCGGGUUGUGCUCUUACCCAAGUCUGGGGGGGUGGUGGAGCGCUCCAAGGAGUGCCGGCGGGACACUCGGGAUGAGAAGAUCCGAGAGUACUUCUACGGCUUCCGUGGACUGUCCUUCUACCCUUUCUCCUACGAAGUGCGUUUCUCCGAUGUCCGCAUCUACAAGAUUGGGGCACCAUCCAUCCCAGACUCGUGUCUGCCACUGGGAAUGUCUCAGGAUGACACACAGCUGAAGCUUGUGCCCGUGACGCCAGGGAGAGACCUCACAUAUCAUGUGCUGAGCGUGAGCAGUGCAGAGGACGGAGAGGAAGGCGCUAGAAAGGGUAUAGUGGAGAGUCCUGUGUGCGGCUUUAUUGUGGUGACUAAUGUGGACACACAAGCACAGGUGAUGAAAGUGCUGUCCCCGGCACCCAGACCACUGCCCCGACACACUCUGCUUAUCAUGGACAUCCGUUUCAUGGACAUGAAAUGAAGAAACAUUUCAGGGAAGAGGACUGGGUCGCACAAGAACUGGGCAAGGAGGAGUUCUGUUGAAAAGAGUUUAGUGUCAGGGGAAACGAGUUUGUUUUCUUGUUUGUGCUUUGUAAAUUCUCAGAGGGGAUUUAAGUAUCAAAGUUGGUGUAAAUUAUUCUCCAGUUUUAUAAACCACAAUGUACAGACAUUUGUGACAAGAACUGUUUUAUCAGUACAGGAAUUAUUUUUCUUGAUAAUCUGUUUUAUAAACAUUGUUCUUUUCUUGGGUAAUAAAUUUUUAAGAGCGUAAAA